AUGAUUGAAGACCAAGAGAUUGCUUGUGGUUCAGAAAACGUGAUGUAUGAAACACAUGAACUGGACAAAAUUGAUCUGGAUGAAAUUGAAUGGGAUGACCGUUCUGAUCUUGAUAUCAAUGCAGCUACCCAUCAGUUCCACCCUGAACAACUUGUGACCUCCGAGGCUAUUCCAGAAGAGUCUGUUCAACAACCGGAGCCAGAUUUUGACCUGAAGAACUACAGCGCCGACGAUGUAAACCGCUGGGCCAGCACCUUGUCAGCAGAAGAAUUCAAGCACCUUCGCAUCAUGGGACCCGAUGCUAGAACUGAAUCUUUCCAACAUAAUAAAUUCCACUACCAGCCUGACAACAUUAACAACAAUGACUUUGACCAACAGCAACUCCAUCCUCAAGACAACAACUUUGGAUCUAAUCUCUACAAUCACUUUGAUGAACACACGUCUCAAAUGGAGGAAAAUUUAGAUGGUUUGGAGACUGUUGAUGCCAACAGUGGUUUUGAUGAUGGAGGAUUUGAUGAUGGCGGUUUUGACAAUGGCGGCUUUGGAGAUGGCGGCUUUGGCAAUGGCAGCUUUGACAAUGGCGGCUUUGAUGAUGGUGGUUUUGAUGAUGGUGAUGGCUUCAGUGAUGAUGAUGGUUUUGAUGAUGGCAAUGGUUUUGAUUAUUAUUAG